UCUCUGUCCAGCGCACCGCACUGCACCAUGUCCGAUACCGAGGCACCCACCGGCGAUGUCGAGGCCGGGCCCUCUGCCCCUGCGCCACUGAAGCCAGUCUACUGCGCCAUCUGCACCUUCCCGCCCGAGUACUGCGAGUUCUCGUCGAGCAGCACAAAGUGCCGCGCCUGGCUCUCGUCGUCGCACCCGGAGCUCGCAGCCAAGAUCUACUCGGACGAGGCGCUGACGCAGAAGCUGGCCUCGCUCACGACGAAGCAGGCCGACGACUUGGAAAAGGAGGCGGCGAAAAAGGAGAAGCGGGCCGAGGCCAAGGCGGAAAAGGACGCCAAGGCGCUCAAGAGCCAGCGCAUUACGCUGACGAAGAUGGCAAGGACAAAGAAGAAGGCAACGACGGCUGUCUUUGGGCUCCACCUUUUCAGUCCGCCUCUGCCGGCGCUGAAAGUCAUCUCAAAAGGCCUCUCGUCUCGACUAGCCACGGGCGCAUCGGUGUCAAAAUCGACUGCGAAUCCGGGCGUGGACGAGAUUGUGGUGCAGGGCGACGUCGCCGACGAGGUUCGCGACAUGAUCAUCAGCCGCACCAAGCCCUUCGACACGCUUCCCAAGGAGGAAGACGGAGGGCCCUCCGACAAGCAGAUUGUCGUCGAGGAGGAAAAGAAGAAAAAGGCCCCUGCCAAGGAGGGUGAGGGAGGAGCAGCUGCAGGAGGAGCCGAUGAAUAG